UGUGUACAGAUCUGUGUGUGCGUGUGCGUGUGUGUGUGUAUAUAUGUGUAUGAGUGUGUUGUGUGUUUACAUUCGGGCAGUAUUUUGCCAUUUAUCAACUUUGAUCAAACAUGAUCACAUCCACUGAUACAAAAUUAGCAAUGACGACAGAAAUACUGUGACAAAAGCCAUAUCUUGCACACGCAUACGGUACUGUGUACGCUAUAUGGCCGAAGGUGAGGACUCCUGACCGUAUGUCCCUGUCGAACAUCGCAUUGUUGAGCUCGCGUUGUGCACAGGUGCAUCGUCAUGCUGGAACAGCUGUGUGGAUGGAGUCUUCGCGGGGGGUUGGCGGUCUUUCCCGCGAGUAUAAACUGGUAAUGCUGGGCGAGGGAGGAGUGGGUAAAAGUGCCAUCAUCAUGCAGUUUAUCAGUCACCGGUUCCCUGAGGAUCACGACCCGACUAUAGAGGACGCCUAUAAGACGCAGAUCCGCAUUGAUGACGAGCCGGCGAACCUGGAUAUCUUGGACACGGCAGGACAGGCCGAAUUCACAGCCAUGCGUGAUCAGUACAUGCGUGCUGGCGAAGGCUUCAUCAUUUCAUACUCCAUAACGGACCGGCGCAGCUUCCAGGAGGCUCGCCACUUCAAGCAGCUGAUCUGCCGUGUGCGGCGCACAGUGGACACGCCAGUGGUGCUCGUGGGAAACAAAUCUGACCUCACACACCUGAGACAGGUGUCAGUAGAGGAGGGAAAGGAGCUGGCGAGGGAGUUCCAGUGUCCGUUUUUCGAGACGUCCGCAGCGUUCCGUUACUACAUCGACGAGGUUUUCGCUGCUCUGGUGCGUCAGAUCCGGCAGCGCGAGGCCGAGGUGGUUCGAAGCGGAGAGAGAAAGACGCGACGCAACCGAUCGCUCUGGAGCCGCCUUAAAGCGCCCUUCCGCAAGAAACAGCACUCCGAGCAUUGAGGUGGCUGAUGGGAUACCGGCGUCCUCCGACGACGACGAGGAGGAAAUUACUGUUGUGGUUUUCUCAUCCGUAAACCUGUUGCCUCCACCCUGUCGAGAGGUGGUUCGUGAACUGUUAACCUAGAUAGUUUAUUAUAGGAUUUAUUUUGAUGAAGCACUCUGAAUCGUUUGGUUAUGUUCGAUCAGACACCAGCCUUCUACGUGCAGGACACACUUACAGCCAAGGUAUAUCGGCUACUUACUGUUACUCGUUACACGAGGACUAUAGCAGGAUUCUUCACAAUACUGUAUUUAGCGAAAACGUAUUAAACUCGACAUUAGUCACAGGGAGCAUAGCUUUUGACGUCGGCUUUCAGGAGAACUGUAGUACCUCCGAUUCUUAACCAGCGGGACGAAGCACGAAGGUAGUGGAGAAGUGAGGCUGUUUUAGGGACUGAUAUGAAGAAGGAGAGUUGAUACCAGGGUCUGAAAUUACGUGGGUUUUCUCCACCAAACACUGUGGCAGUAAACGAGGACAUUUUUUAACCAACCCGACUCUCCCAUCAUUCUGGGCUUCUCCUUUUGUAAUGAAACGCUCAUCGCAGUCCUAUUACCGCCGUCGUAUGGUCGCGCACUCCUUCUAAACGCUCACUUGAAAAGGUUCCUUCCAGACGCGCCGGAUUUUACUUACAUCCACAUCAGAUCAGAUCAGAUCAGAUCAGUCACACCAUUUCGUAAAAUAUACAUCAUUUCAUUGUUUCACUUUCAUUCUAACGUACAUCCUAUCGGGUGUGUGCUCCGAAAUUUCUUCAGUUCCCCAUUCAUGACUUUUGUUGUGUUUCGGGGAUAAAAACAAGCUUACUGUAGUAUCUUAUCCUGUCAUUUAAUAUAUGGUGAGGGUAUGUAGUUAUGUACAGUUUGCUUGUUCUACGACGCUAAAUAUAUAUAU